AACCAUCUUUUGUUUUUUUUUUCUGGCUUUGAAACUGUUCACAAUCUCUCUCUUCAACUCUUCUUCAACUCGUGAAAAGACCAGAGAGUUUUCUCCUGAUCCCAAAUCCGGAAGAAGCUUCCUCAUGGCGCAGAUCUACUCUCUCAACAUACACAACUAAAUAAACGUCAGUCACCUGCAGAAGUUUUCACUCUUGUUGUACUGAUAGAUAAAAUGUUCUCCAACAGAGAAUCUCAAGAGUUGAUCAUUUUGACUUUUUCAGGAAACAGUAGGUGAAGAUAGUAUUAUAAAAGAUAGGUUUUUGAGAAAUUGUAGUUUAGAAAAGAAGAAAAAAAAAAAGAAAAAUCCUUAGAACUAAACUCCAGCACAAGUAACCAGAGAGACCUAUUCACGACAACAACCUCUCUAUACACAAGACAACAAACACUCACACUCUCUUUCUAUCUCUACAAAAGCAUCACUCUUUACCUUCUUCUUCUUCUCUCUACUCUAACUCAAUAGAGAGAGAGAGAAAAAAAAAGCCAUGGAUGGGUAUGAAGCAACUAGGAUUGUGCUCUCUCGUAUCCAAGCUUUGGACCCAGCUAACGCAUCAAAGAUCAUGGGUCUUCUCCUUCUCCAAGAUCACGGUGAGAAAGAGAUGAUAAGACUAGCUUUUGGCCCGGAGAAUCUUGUUCACUCUGUGAUAGCGAAAGCCAAGAAAGAGUUGGGUCUCAUGAGCUGUUCAAGGCCUCUUUGGUGUCAAGAGGAGUUGAUAAGCCCUAAGAACAACGGCCGUGGCUCUUCUCUCAACCCUGCUUCUCUGCCCUUCUACGCUAACGGAGGAGGAAGAUCUUUUAAGGAUAUGACCAACGAGUUCGAGUUCGUUGAUGAUGUGAACUUGGGCUCUGUGCAUGCCAGAAGCGGUAGCUGCGGUCUUGACGGUUUAGGGUUUGGUGAUUCUGAGUUAGGGUUUGGAGGUGUGCCCUGUUCUUAUUUCGCUAGAGGCUUCUGCAAAAACGGGAGUAGCUGCAGAUUCGUCCACAGUGACGGAGGAGGUGAACUUGUUGGCUCUCCAAGCAGAAUGGAGCUUCUUAGGUCUAACUCGGUACCUCCAAGACUCGCUCACCAGUUCAUGACUCGCUCUUCUUUCUCUCCUAAAGGUGUUAACUUGCAGAACACCGAUGCUCAAAGAGCUGCUGCUGCUGCUUUGAUGAUGGGAGAUGAACUGCAGAAGCUUGGAAGAUGGAGACCUGAGAGGAUUGAUCUUUCUGCUAUGGCCUGUCCUGCUUCCAGACAGAUCUAUUUGACAUUUCCUGCCGACAGUAGGUUCAGGGAGGAAGAUGUGUCCAAUUAUUUCAGUACUUUUGGACCAGUUCAAGAUGUGAGGAUACCAUAUCAGCAAAAGAGGAUGUUUGGGUUUGUGACUUUUUUGUACCCUGAGACUGUCAAGAGCAUUCUUGCCAAAGGGAACCCUCACUUUGUGUGUGAUUCAAGGGUUCUUGUUAAGCCUUACAAGGAGAAAGGCAAAGUCCCUGACAAAUACAGAACUAACCAAACAACAGAGUUAGAAUUGUCCCCAACAGGGCUUGAUUCUAGCCCCAGAGAUGUUUUAGGAGGGAGAGGGUUCUAUAACAACCCCCAAGAUGUUAUGUGGAGGAGUAAGUUUGAAGAAGAGAUUCUUGAGCUUCAAAGCAGAAGGCUAAUGAAUCUGCAGCUUCAUGACGUUAAGAAUCAUUUCCAGCUCAAUUCCCCAUCUACACACAUUCAUUCUCCAAAUCCUUUUAGCCAGACACUUGUGUCUCCACGCCCAGGUGGGGUUAAAGCAGGAGGAGAGAUAGGGAAAGGAAGUUCCAAAGAAGGAUCUGAUGAUGAUACAAUAAAUCUACAAGAGAAGUUGGAGGAAUGCUUGCCAGAUAGUCCAUUUGCAUCGUCAACUAAUCAUUUGCUUCUGUUUGCUGAUUCGGUGGACAAUAAUGGAUCAGAUCUGUGGUCUCCUUCUUCUGAUAAUGAUGAUAAUUCUACUCCUUCUACACUCUCUGACUCCUUCAACUCUUUCAACUGCCAAAUGCCUAGGUCGCCGGCAUUUGGGAUGUUACCCGGUAGGGGUGGACCAGCAUGUCGUGUUGGGAUAUAAACAGGAAGAGAAGUGAGAAAGAAAGAAACUGAGGUAAGUUAAAAAAACUAAUAAUGUAGAGACUCUUAAUAACAAAAAGAUGCAGAGGUAUAAAAGUAAAGCAGGAAAAUUGAUGUAAGAGAUAGAGAAGUGAAGAGAAGAAAAAAAAAGAUUGUUGUACCAUUUCUCUAGUUUUAAUGUGUAAUGUUUAUGGACCUCAGAAGAUGAUGUAAUAUGAUAUGAUAUAAAUAUAUAGGACAAGAAGUGUAAUCUCUCUACAGAUUUACAGAAGAAAGAGAUUACAAUAUGGGUUUGAAAAGUGUUAGCAACU